AUGGGCGGUUUGAUCAGCUAUUUAUCCCGAAUGUUUGGCACUCGUGAGAGGCGCAUACUAAUACUCGGCCUUGAUGGUGCUGGCAAAACGACAAUAUUGUAUAGACUCCAAGUAGGAGAGGUCGUCACCACUAUACCUAAUUUUUUGAUGAUUUCUUGUGAUACUUAUUUAUGGGAUUCUAACUGA